UGCCGCCGCCCGGCCCUCGCGGACCCCGACGCAGCCUCCCCUUCCCGCAGGGCGGCCGGGGUCGGGCGCGAUGGAGGCCGCGGGCGCGGACGGGCUCCUGGCCCCGCUGCGCCGGCUGCUGUCGUGGGCGGCGGCGGGCGCCAUGGUCUUCGGCGGCGUGGUGCCCUACAUCCCGCAGUACCGCGACAUCCGGCGCACGCAGAGCGCCGACGGCUUCUCCACGCACGUGUGCCUCGUGCUGCUGGUCGCCAACAUCCUGCGCAUCCUCUUCUGGUUCGGGCGGCACUUUGAGUCGCCGCUCCUGUGGCAGAGCAUAAUCAUGAUCCUGACCAUGCUUCUGAUGCUGAAACUCUGCACCGAAGUCCGCGUGGCCAACGAGCUGAACAUAAAACGUCGCUCCUUUGCAGCUGCAGACAGUAAGGACGAAGAACUCAAAGUCCCCCCCACGCGGUCCUAUCUGGGUGCCCGGGAUGCACAGCUCCAUCAUCACGUCAGGUGCCAGGGAUCCACAGCUCCAUCAUCACGUCAGGUGCCUGGGAUGCACAGCUCCAUCAUCACGUCAGGUGCCUGGGAUGCACAGCUCCAUCAUCAUGUCAGGUGCCUGGGAUGCACAGCUCCAUCAUCACGUCAGGGGCUCAGGAUGCCCGCUCCAUCAUCACAUCAAGUAUCCGGAAUGUACAGCUCUAUCAUCAUGUCAGGUGUUUGGGAUACACUGCUCUAUCAUGUCAGGUGCCUGGGAUGUACCAGGUGCCCAGGAUGCACAGCUCUAUCCUCACAUCAGGUGCCUGGGAUGCACAGCUCCAUCAUAUCGAGUGUCCUGGAUGCCUAGCUCCAUGUCAGGUGUCCAGGAUGCACAGCUCUACCAUCACAGCAGGUGCCUCUGAUGCACAGCUCCCAUCGUCACUUCAAGUGUCUCAGAUACAUGCCUCCAUCGUCAUGUCAGGUGUCCAGGAUGCAUGGCUCCACCAUUGCUUCAGGUGCCCUAGGUACACGGCUCCAUCAUCACUGCGUGUCCUGGAUGCACGGCUCCAUCAUCACUGCGUGUCCUGGAUGCACGGCUCCAUCAUCACUGCGUGUCCUGGAUGCACGGCUCCAUCAUCACUGGGUGUCCUGGAUGCACGGCUCCAUCAUCACUGGGUGUCCUGGAUGCACGGCUCCAUCAUCACUGCGUGUCCUGGAUGCACGGCUCCAUUGUCAUGUUGGGUAUCCCAGAUGGUAUCUGGUUGGGGAUCUGAUGUCCUCGGCACCCCUUGCUCCUGGGAGUGUCUUCCCCACAGGUAGAUGAGUGCCACUCUGUGCUGCUGGAGCUGACCUUGUCUGGACUGUGGGACCGCUUCCCACAGUCUUCAAGAUGGUCUGGCUCCUUCAGUGUCUGGAUCUGGAGAAGCUCCGGUGUAAACUCUCUUCUCACCCCACAUUCCCCAAUGAAGAUGUGGAUCCUAAGUGGCUGCUGGCUUCUGACUCCUCAGUCCACAAGGUUGUUUGUGAGCAGGAGGCAGGCAGGCUACCAUCAGGCAAUGAGAGACCCUCUCUCACUGUGUUGGCAGUGGCGAUGCAUGGGUGCUGUGGGAGUCAGAAGUGGGCCCUUAUCUGCAAGUGGCUCUGCUUGCCAGGUAGCACUGGCAGGACACCCACUCUCCUCUAGCAUGGACCUCAACAGCUUGCCCUGUGGGGCCUGCUUUGUGCUGGUGCUGUUUGAUUCACUGUUCCCAGGAGGCCUCUCCAUGGUCAUGAGCAUCCCUGACCUCCGGUACCUGUGGUUGGAAGCCAGUGGUCAUCCCAGGGCAAGGCCCUCUGCUGGCCCUGACAGGGCUGACGUGGGUGGGCCGCAGGCCCUGGUGCCUCCCAGGAGCUCAUGGUGUUGAGGCGGGAGGGCCUACAGAGGCUCUGUGUCUUGCCUUGCUCCUGUGAAAUCCACCUACUGUCUCUGAGGUUUAUCUUUGUAGUCUUAGGGUCUGCCACUGGGCAGGAGGCCGGGGAGAGAGGCCAGCCCUCCUCCACAGGGCACUUCAGACCACCUUGCCCGUUCCUGCUUCCCCCAGUGUGGCCACAUGAGGGGGCCCGUGGGCUGCAGUAGACUCAGACGCGCCUCCUCACCCCUUGCAGGGCUGUCUUGUGCUUAGUGGUUGAUGGCAUCUCUGGGAUGGGUGCGCAGGAAUCGGCUGGUGAAGGUCGGAAACUCCUGCUUGGACUUGCUUCGUUUCUUCUCUCAAGUGGUGUGAUGGAUAGCCACCACAGCACCACCAAUGCUGAGCAUUGUUCCCUGCGCUUCUUGGCCCUUGUCUUCUUUGGAGGCAUGUCUGUCUGGUACCUGGUCCGUUUUAAUUUUUCUUCUGACAGUCCUGGAGGUUGAACUCAGGGCUUUAUGCUUGCCAGGCAGGCACUCACCACUGAGCCACAGUCCCAGCCCUCAGCUUUCUAAAAAAAAUGGUUAUUUUUCAAACAGCCUCACGUUUCCUUCCCAGGCUCUCCUAGACUGUAGUCCUCCUACUUUGUGCUUCCUGGGUAGUGGGUGUGCCACCAGGCCCUGCUGUUUUUGGAAGUUUGUGUCCUGCAGUCUGAUCUCUGCCCCUAAAAGCAGUCACAGUUACAAAUGUGAGCUACUCCGCCUAACUAGCCAUUUGUCUUUGUGCUAUUGCAGGUCAUGCCAAUGGAGCAUUUACUUCCUCACCCCCUAGAAAUCUAAGUGACAUUUAAAUCGUCUUUAUUCUUUCAAGCUUUUCUCAGCUUUUCUGUCUCUAGGAAGUAAAGCUAGAUUGUAGAGUCAGCCUUCCUGUGUUCUUCCAGCCUGCUCUCAGCCUCUAGGUGUGGAUGGGCCCAUCAGGCACCCUCCGUCCAGCCUCUAGGCUCUAGGUGUGGAUGGGCCCAGGAGGCACCCUCCAUCCAGCCUCUAAGUAUGGAUGGACAGGAGGCAUCCUCCAUCCAGCCUCUAGGUGUGGACGGACAGGAGGCAGCCUCCGUCCAGCCUCUAGGUAUGGAUGGACAGGAGGCAUCCUCCGUCCAGCCUCUAGGUAUGGAUGGACAGGAGGCACCCUCCAUCCAGGCCCUUGCUCCCACUUCUGGGUCCCUGGACACAAGUGCUAGCAUUCAGAUGGCACAUGGGUCUGUUGGCUUCAGCCUACCUCAUCCAGAGGCAGAAAUUCAGCCAUCAAUUUGCUUGGCCUCUGAAAGCCUGCAGUUAGCUCUCCCUGCAGGCUAGGAGUGAAGGAGAGGUGAUAGAGUGGUGGGAUGGAGGCCGCAGUGAGUGAGCUCUUCUGCCUUUGACACCUCUGCCCUGGCUCACUCACCUGGGAGAAGCCCUGAACCCACCCUGCCAGCCACAGCAAGGAUGAGCCGGGGUUGGGAAUGGCAGCACUGGGCAUGUGGGACACACAGCAGAAAAGCUAGCCAAGCCCACACAGAUGGGAACUGAGAGCUCGAGGGCCUGGCCUGUGUUUGGCCCUCACAGGGCUUCAGCCCCCGGCCGGACUUGCCCUGUCUUGGCUUCACCUUCAGAUUGGUAAGCUGCCUGGGCGCCUGCACUCUGCCCAGGUGGAGGCAGGAACUCCAGGAAGGCAGAUCUUUGCCUUGGAAUUACUCAGGGGCUAGGCUGUGGGGAGGUGGGUGGCAACCUGGAGCUUGAGAAAUAAGGUGGGUAGCAGACCCCAUGCUGGAUGGUAUGUGAGGCACAAAAAAUGCCACCUGGCAGAUAAUGUGGAGGGUGCGUUCUUGCUGUGAUUCUUCAAGCUCGAUCUUCUUUCUUUUAUAAUAGUAGAUGGACUUCAUCAUACAUUUCUGGGUAGCAUCAGCCUCUGUUCCCGUGUUAAUUCUGAGUACCUGAAGUUAGGACCCCUGCCCACCACAUUUGGCAGAGAGAGAUUCACGGGGAUUUACUUGUACUGUUUGGAUGCAGAGGGGCCACUCCUGGGACAGGCUGAACUCUGAAAAACCCAGAGCUGCAGUUCUAUUGCAGUCAGAACCUGAAAGAACACCUACUUUUCACGCCAUUACCUGGUAGAAGCUUUGUUUGUUAAAAAUGCACUCAGAGUUGGAAUGUGAGAGAGCUUGUAGGUGGUCGAAAGUUUGUCUAACAUUUAUGAAGACCUAGAUUCAACCCCCAGUUGAGAGCCCAGUCCUAAAAAUAUCCUCACAAAACAAUUCAGGCUUGGGAGAGUCCAGAAGGAACCCAGGAGUCCAGUCUUUCGCCGCCCCCCCCCCCCCCCAUCCACCUGCACCCCACCCGCAGAGCUCUGCAGCUCUGAGCUUGAGCCCUCAAAGCCGGUCUGUCUGGCUCCCUGCAGGCUUUUUGCUACUCCUGGGGGUUCUUCGGACUGCCUCUGCACACUCUAAACUCUCCCUCGAGUGAGCCAGGGCAGGAUAAUCCACUCAUUGGUGUUAGUGGUUUCUGUGCAAGCCAUGUGGGGAAAGACCCCACUCUGGCAGUUGUGCAGGGAUAGCAACUGUUUAGGGAUGGAGCCUUCCCACAGACGCACGCUUGUCACGGCAGUCAGCAGGAUCGCCCCAGGAGGUGGGAGCUGCUAUUAUUGCGUGUGAGCCCCCCGGAGGUGGGAGCCACUAUUAUUGCACGUGAGCCACAUCCAAGGCACGAGCUUAACUCAGAUUCAGGAGUUCUAACCAGGGGGGCCCUCCAGAGGCUCCCUAUCAGUCUUAGUCGCACUAUAGUGUUUCCCAGAACUACUAAAAUGAAGGGUAAAGAAUUCCAGCACCUUUCGUGUUGAGUUUAUAGUAGGUCCUUUAACAGGCUGGGGUGGUAGCACACGCCCUUAAUCCCGUAGCACGCAAGAAGCAGAGGCAGGAGGAUCAAGAGUUCAAGGCCAGCCUGGGUUACAUAGACUCCAACCAAAAUGAUUACUUAAUGCUUUGAUCAGAACACACUCAGCUUGCAUCUCACUACACUGACUCUCACAUCCUGCCACCAACCUUGACCUCGUGUCCUCACGCUGACCACGACCUUGACCUCGUGUCCUCACACUGGCCACGACCACCACCUCUCCUUAUGCUGCCUGCACCGCUGCCUGUCAAGUUUCCUCACACUAAGCUCAACCUGUUCCUGGUUCCUAUCUCUCCCUCUACUGAGCCCACCUUGCUGGUGAACCCAGGCUGACCUCACCCACACUGGUCUCUUGCUGCCCCUCUGCACACACCAACUUGGCAUCCGCAUCUCAGCCGUGUAUGGGGCUGCCUGCGCCCAGCCUGCCUGCCUAGCUGAGAUGACUCUCUC